AUGGAAAUAGAAGAGAUGAAUUUAGAGAAGAAUUCGAAUUUGGAGGAAAAUCUGAAUUUGGACACGAUAUUGGAACCUAAGGUCGGAACAAUAUUCAAUUCUGAAGAUGAAGCGAAGGAAUUUUACACUAGUUAUGCGAAAUCAAGAGGUUUUGGUGUGGUCACAAAAGUCUCUAAGAAGCGUGACAAUGGGGUAAAGUCGAAUAUAUCUUAUGGUUGUCAUCGAAGUGGAAAGCCCAGGACAACGGCUUUGAAUCCUGUUAAAUCCCAUCCAACAACGAAAAUAGAGUGUAAAGCCGGUAUGAAUAUCUCUUUGCAAGUUGAUGGAAAGUGGAUGUUAAAUUCGAUUCAAAUGAAUCAUAACCAUGAAAUGGACCAGGAAAAAGUGAAAUAUCUUAAGUGCUAUCGGAGUAUCCCACCACAUUCGAUGAGGACAAUUGAAUUGAACACGGCAGCGGGAAUCACAUUAAACAAAAUCAUUGCCUCAUGUGAGAUCGAGGCAGGGGGGCCUGAUAAUCUGACGUGGAUAAAUAAAGAUGCAAGGAAUUACAAGGAUAAAAAAAGGCGUUCAAAGCUCAAAGAAGGGGAUGCUGAAGCAAUGCAUAAGUACUUUGUCAGAAUGCAAAAAGACAACGGUGACUUCUUUUAUGCCAUCGAUCAUGAUGAAGAUUAUCGAUUAUGGAAUGUCUUUUGGGCCGAUGCUAGGAGCAGGGAGUUAUACAAAGAAUUUGGCGAGGUGGUCACCUUUGACACCACUUACCUUGUUAACAAGCACAAUAUGCCUUUCGCACCAUUCGUAGGGGUCAACCAUCAUGGACAAUCGAUUUUGUUUGGAUGUGGUUUGAUAUUACGGGAGGACACAGCUUCAUUUGUAUGGUUGUUUGAGACUUUUCUUUCUUGCAUGUUCGAUUCCCACCCUAACGCCAUCAUCACAGACCAAUGUCGAGCCAUGCAAAAUGCGAUAAGUCAAGUUUUUCCAAAUGCACGUCAUCGUUGGUGUUUAUGGCAUAUCAUGAAUAAAGUUCCUGACAAGUUUAAGAGUUAUGACCAGUAUAAGCCUAUUAAAAAAUCCCUCAAGAAUGCUGUAUAUGAUUCCUUGAAUCCGGAGGAGUUUGAACAAAAUUGGGCAAAUCUCAUCCAACAAUUUGAUCUACAGAGCAAUGACUGGCUAGCCGGAUUGUACGAGGGGAGGCACCGAUGGGUACCAGCAUUUCUUAAGGAUAUCUUUUGGGCGGUGAUGUCAACAACCCAACGAAGCGAGAGCAUGAAUUCCUUCUUUGACGGCUACAUCCAUUCCAAUACCACCUUGAAGGAAUUUGUGGAGCAAUAUGACAAUGCCUUACGUAAGAAGGUGCAAAAAGAAGAUGAGGCAAAUGCCCAUUCCUUGAAUGUUCGAAUUCAGAAGGUGUCCCCUUAUAAGUUUGAGGACCAAUUUCAGAAAGCAUACACAAUUGCGAAAUGCAAGGAAUUUCGAGAACAAGUAGCCUUAAAGAUUGGGUGCAAUUUGACUAUUGGACCGUCAAAAGAAACUAAUUGCAAUUGUCGGUUGUUCGAGAGUAGGGGGAUGGUGUGCACGCAUAUGAUCUCGGUUUGGUCAAAAAAGAAGCUUGAAGUAGUACCCGAUAAAUACAUUCUACGACGAUGGAGCAAAAACUUGGUAAGGAGUCACACAAAAAUUAAGGUCAGUUAUGUAAAUUGGACAUGCAAGCCCGAAUUCAUUCGCUAUGACAGUUUGUUCAAGCUAUUCAAUGAGGCCGCUGAUAAGGCCAUGUAUUCAGUUGCGAAGACGGAUAGGAUGGCGGCUAGGUUGCGAGAUAUUAAAGCUGAGAAUGACUUAGACGAUGAGGAAUGUGUAAGCAAUAUGCCUACAGCUAAAGAUGCAGAAAUUGAUAUGGAAAGUUUCCAAGAUAAAUCAAUUACCCUCGGCGAUCCAAGUAAAGGUCCUCGGAGAGGGCGACCGCCGACUAAGAGGAAGCAAUCAGUGGCUGAACAAAUUAUUAGGAAGAAUAUGAAAUCAAACAAAAGGGUCCAAUGUAGUCGCGCCAAUGCAAAGAGUAUACCGUAUGUGGAAGACCAUACACAUGCUAUGGGAUUUGACGGGAUUGUCACGCAAGAUGGUGAAGUCGUUACUUCAUCUCAGGGAAGUGUAGGAUAUCUUGAUACGUGGAACAAUGACCUUAAUGAAUCUCCAUUUGAUUUGGGACAUGAUUAUAGGUGGAAUGAUACUUUUGCGAUACUGCUGAUGCUGCUUUUUGAUGGAAUGAUGCUAUUUUUUGGUGCCUCAUUCCCAUGCUUUGCUUCCAUUCCCAUGUCCUUCCUGGGUGGCAAGGACUUUGAGCUUUUUAGUUCACUUGCAUGUUAUGCGGUGUUUGCGCAGCAGAAAAUUCCAGAGAAGAAAAGAAAAACUUGA